GGGUGUAGAGCCCAUGUUGGGUGUAGAAAUUAUUUAAAUACAUAAAACUUAAGGAGAAAAAAAACCUGUUUAGUUACUGGAUAGGGCGAUUUAUGCCACCAAAAGUCCUCUAAAAUUGUACCUUUCUAGCUGUAGCUCUCUGGGGGAGGGAGGGUAACAGCCAAACAGGCAAGAUGAUUCUAGGUUCCCCCAGAUUCCUUUUCUUCCUAUAGUUAUAUUACUUGAUAACUAUUGCUUGCUAUGUUUUGCUCCUCUGAACCCCAAUCCUACUUUUCUAAACUCUUGGCAUCUAGUAAAUCUUCCCUGAUUGAAGAAGUCAGAGUGUUUGGAUUUUUACCUGAAAACCUGGCAGUUUUCAACUGGGAGUGAUUUUGCGCUCCCAGUGAAUAUUUGGCACAUCUGGAGACAUUUUUGAUUCUCAUGACUGGGUGUGCUACCGGCAUCUUGUGGGUACAGUCUGGGGUUGCUGCCAAACUUCUCCCACACAGGACAGCCCCUACAACAAAGAACGAUCCAGGCCAAAAUGCCACUGGUGCUGAAAUUAGGAAACUCUGCUGUAACUGGAGUCCCGGCCGCUACAUGUUGUGCUGGGAAAUGAAGCCUGUGACUUGGACUCCAUGGUGUCAGCUCUUGCCCUGGCUUUUUACCUGGCAAAGACAACAGAGACUGAGGAAGUCUUUGUGCCAGUUUUAAAUAUAAAACGUUCUGAGCUACCUCUACGAGGUGACAACGUCUUCUUCCUUCAGAAGAUUCACAUUCCAGAGUCCCUCUUGAUUUUCCGGGAUGAAAUUGACCUCCAUGCCUUGCACCAGGCUGGCCAACUCACCCUUAUCCUUGUUGACCAUCAUGUCUUACCCAAAAGUGACUCGGCCCUAGAGGAGACAGUUGCAGAGGUGCUAGACCAUCGACCCAUCGAGCAGAGACACUGCCCUCCCUGCCACAUUUCAGUUGAGCUGGUGGGAUCCUGCGCUACCCUGGUGACCGAGAGAAUCCUGCAGGGGGCACCAGAGAUCCUGGACAGGCAAACUGCAGCCCUUCUGCACGGAACAAUCAUCCUGGACUGUGUCAACAUGGACCUGAAAGUUGGAAAGGCAACCCCAAAGGACAGCACAUAUGUGGAGAAGCUGGAGGCCCUCUUCCCAGAUCUGCCCAAGAGAAAUGACAUCUUUGAUUCUCUACAAAAGGCAAAGUUUGAUGUAUCAGGACUGACCACUGAGCAAAUGCUGAGAAAGGACCAGAAGACCAUUUGCAGACAAGGCAUUAAGGUGGCCAUUAGUGCAAUAUAUAUGGAUUUGGAGGCCUUCCUGCAGAGGUCUGGCCUCAUUGCAGACCUCCAUGCUUUCUGCCAGGCGCACAACUGUGAUGUCCUGGUCGCCAUGACUAUCUUUUUCAACACUCACAAUGAACCAGUGCGGCAGCUGGCUAUUUUCUGUCCCCAUGCAGCGCUCCGAAUGAUGAUCUGUGGAGUUCUGGAAUGCUCCCACUCUCCGUCCCUGAAGCUGACCCCUGCCCCAAGCACCCACCCUAACCUCCAGGCCUAUCUUCAGGGCAACACCCAGGUAUCUCGGAAGAAACUUCUGCCUCUGCUCCAGGAGGCCCUGUCAGCAUAUUCUGACUCUGUGAAGAUCCCGUCAGGGCAGCCCGAGACCGAGGGUGUGUGCAGGGAGCAGGCGGACAAGGACUUGGACAGGGCGGGGAGCUCCCUGGUGCCUGGACUGAGUCAAGAUGAGGAGGAGCCUCCACUGCCCCCCACGCCCAUGAACAGCCUGGUGGACGAAUGCCCCCUGGAUCAGGGGCUGCCAAAACUCUCAGCUGAGGCCAUCUUCGAGAAGUGCAGUCAGAUCUCACUGUCACAGUCGACUGCUGCCUCACUGUCUCAGAAGUGACUGCUGGGGCGGUCGGGGUAGGGAGGGCGGUUGCUCGAACCACCUCAGUUGCACGUGUUGAGAUGUGUCAGCAGUUCUGACUUCGGUGCUCUGGGGUCUGGUGUACUGUUUUCGUGAACCUGGGAGGAGAAAGAAGUGAAAGAAAACAGUUGCUUGAGGGAUGGCUUUUGGCCUUUUCUCCAGAUCUCUACCCAUUAGACAGAUUAUAUUAUUUAAUUUAAUUCUCCAAAUCUGCACUGACUCUCCUCUGUUUCGUUGGCCAGGGGCACAAGGUAGUACCUGCAUAGCUGCGGCAGAGCGGCACAGGAAAGCAUACCCCAGCAGUGCCCUCAGUAAGGCUCUUCAACAGAACCGGUAUCUCUCAUGAAACCAAGCAAUCAUUGUCUCCUUGUAUUCAUUUAUUCUCUUAUUCAUUCAGGUAUUUAUUGGUUACCUCCUUUAAGCUAGAUAGAAGAGUGUGCUUUUGGAAACUUCUCUUCUGUUUUCAGCCUUCAGCAGAAUCCGGCCCCAUGAUUCCUCUUUCUGCCCCCAGUUAAGUGGUGGUGUCUAAGGCCGAGGUGGCCACAGUUGUGUUCUGAGCUCAUUCUGACUCUUUUAGGAUUGUUUGGAGGCCAUUAUCUUCUGUCCUGGUCAGCUGGCCUGGCUCUCAGUUUCUGGGAUACCCCAGAGCCACAGGGACCCUGAAAAGACCCAGAAGACCCCUGGUUCUUGAGAGUUCAGGAGACACCCAGGAAGGCCUUAAGACCACAUAGGCACUCUUCCCAAAAGACAGCAAAAGUGCAGUGAGAGCCCCGGCUCUAUGCCCUGCUUUGGUGGCCCCAAAUUCCUUGUCCAUCUCGUUCUCUUCUUGUUCAUAUCGAAGGGAACAUGGAGUUCUAAUACUGAGUGCCGUGAACUAUGUCUCUCUUGGCAAGACCCUUCAUUUCUCUAGGUCUCAUUUUCCCCAUCUGUAAGACCAAGGGUCUGGACUAGAUGUUCUCUGGUAUUCUGGGAUCUGCCUCUUUUGCCAUCUCUCCCCUGCUUCUGUGUGUGUGUGUGUGUGUGUGUGUGUGUGUGUGUGUGUGUAUUUUAUUUCUGUUUUCCCUGGGAAAGCUCAGGGUGGGUGAAUUGUAUUUAUAUGUGAUUGUACCAAGGGACUCAGCCUCAUGUAGCAUGUACAGGGGUGUGAUUCAUACCGUAGUGACCCACAGAGCACUCCCCCACUGACUCGUUCUGCAUGUGUAGAGUCUCCCUUUUGCCUUCAGACCAACCUGCUCCCCUUUUUCCUACCCCACGGCCCUAUUCCAUGUAAGUUGCCAGUGGUUCCACCGAACAGUGGGAUGUGUGACAGUUUUGGCAUGACGUCUUCAGUAAGAGGGGGAUGAUGUGACUUCGCUUUAGGGGAUGAUGUCUGUAGCCAUUGGAAGGUAAAAAUAGUUGUGUGAUUUCUGAACCAAAGGAAUUUAUGUUUUGUAACUCGGGUACCUUAUUUUGCAUUUUGUUAAAGUAUUAAAUACUUUUUUUUUUUUCCUGUU